GUAGUCAUUGAAUGUCAUUAUUUGACCACUACAGAUGUUGCAUAUAAUUUAAGUGUUGUUCGUACUUUCAAAGCAUAUUUGAAUAUUGUUGCAUUGCUAGCUACUCAAUGAAAGUCUUUCACAAAAGUAAAGUAGAGAGGCCAUUCUCAUUUAUACAUUGAAGGAGUUUAUUCUUAAUUCCACCUCUCUCAUCAGUGGGACUUGGUGUGUGACCAGAAAGGGCAAAAUAAGGCGACAACAACCAUCUUCUUCAUAGGAGUGAUGUUCGGAGCUAUGACCUUUGGAAGCCUGAGUGACAGGUUUGGUAGGAAGCCCAUGCUCCUGGUGUCCUAUAUCUCUGGCAUGUUGUUUGGUUUUGCCAGUGCUUUCUCCACUUCUUUCAUCAUGUUCGCUGUGCUCAGGUUCUUCACUGGGUUCGGUAUCACCGGCAUCGUUAUCGUCUCAUCAGUACUCAGUGUGGAGUGGGUGGACAUUCAGCACAGAAAGCUGGUGGGAGUGAUUGACAGCCUGUCCUGGACGUUUGGUAACUGCAUGAUUCCAGCCAUAGCCUACUGUGUGACCGACUGGAGACAGCUGACCAUAGCGGUCACCUCACCUCUUGCUCUAGCCAUACUCACCUGGAGAUGGAUUCCUGAGUCAGCCAGGUGGCUCAUAGCCAAUGGGAAGUUUGAGAAAGCUAACUUUUAUUUGCAACAAUGUGCCCAGAUGAACCAGAAGGAGGAGUUUGGAUCCAAAAUUACACCAGAGACUCUGUCCAGUAUCAUUGUGACAGAGAGAAAAGACAGAAGUCACUCCUACCUGGACUUGGUCAGGACACCAAAGAUGAGGAGGCUGGCUCUACUAACAGGCAUAGUGUGGUAUGGUGUGGCAUCAACAUUUUAUGGCAUUAGCUUCAACAUCACUGGAUUUGGACUCAAUAUCUAUCUGACCCAGUUUGUGUACGGUGCCAUAGAGCUGCCAGCCAAACUAUCAGCGUACUACCUUCUGGAUAAGGUGGGCAGGAGAAACACAGAAGUGGGAUCUUUACUAGGAGCUGGAAUCUGUCUCGCUAUCAACAUCUUCAUACCCCGAGACAUGUCUGUUUUAAGGACGGUGGUGGCGGUGCUGGGGAAGGGUUGCUCGGCAACAUCCUUCACAACCGUUGUGUUGUACAGCUCUGAGCUGUUCCCUACUGUGGUCAGGCAGAACGGCAUGGGCUACAACUCAUCCAUGGGUCGUCUGGGAGUGUCUCUGGCCCCUCUGAUCCUGCUGCUGGACGAGGUGUGGAGGGACCUUCCACAGGUCCUCCUCUGCUCCAUAGCCCUGCUGGCUAGCCUGGUGGCCAGGAUGCUGCCGGAGACACGGGGCCGCUGUCUACCAGAGACCAUCCAGGACGUUGAGGACGGGCAGACAGGGAAAGGUUUGGCUGGAUCCCAAGUUGUGGAAACAACAGAUAUCCCUCUCAAAUCAAAGGACAAUGAUGAGGUGGAAAAUGGAUACUAAGAUUCUUCCUGUAUAUAUUUUUGAUAUGCCCAAAUGUGCACCCUGUGGAAUGCUUUUGACAACUUGUAGAGUCUAUGCCCGACGAAUUCAGGCUGUUCUGAGGGCAAAAUGGGUGUAACUCAAUAUUAGGAAGGUGUUCUUUAAUGUUUUGUACACUCAGUGUGUUUGUUACACAUCAAAAACAACCUUCAAACCUCUCACUGAUCUUAUAAAAAAAGAUAAAUGAAAUGCAAGAGAACAAAAGAGAAAGAGCCUGAAGUGUGAAGCAUAAUUCAAGUGUUAUUCGUCACAUACAAAUUAUAAUUUACACUUAAUUCCAAUAUUACAUUAUCUUAUUUAGAAAAUACUAAUUUUCUGUUUCAUAUCAAUGAGGAACAAGAUUAUCUUUGAUAAUGUAUCAUAACUCUUUGUGCAUUAUUCUUCACCAUAACCAUUGGCAAAUGCAUGCAAUCAAUCUUUAAUAUUGAAUAUGAGCCUAUUGUUGUAUACACAUUUUAUACAGUAUCAGUCAAAAGUUUGGACACACCUACUCAUUCAACGGUUUUUCUUUAUUUAUACUAUUUUCUACAUUGUAGAGUAGUAGUUAAGACAUCACAACUAUUAAAUAAUGCAUA